UUGAUGCUCUUGACAGAUAUCCACAAUAAAACAUGUAAAAGUGGGUGCUUUAUUCUUUAGCUUUAUGAGAAUAAAAUUCCUAAGGCAUCUACACCAAGUGUUUUAAAUAAUAUAUGCAAACUUAUCAUCAACAUCUUUGCUGUUUGUUCUAAGAGAGAGCAAUGCAAGACUGGGCGGCUCCGAUCCUAGCUUCAGCACUGUUUGCAUUUCUAGCACCAGGACUCGUGUUUCAGAUGCCUGGAAACGAGUCACCGCUGGGUUUCAUGAACAUGAAGACGAGUCUGAUAUCCAUGUUUCUGCAUACAGUGCUCUAUGGUUUGUUCCUUAUUUUGCUUCUUGUAAUACUAGACAUACAUCUCUAUGCUUAGUAUUUGUAUGUAAUUCCUAAUCUUUAACUUUAUGCACUUUCUACUUAUUUGCUUUUGUAUUUCUUCUUUCCCUUUCUAAUAGUAAUAAAAUCACUCGGAUUCAACAUUUAAGAUGUAAUGUACAACCAAUUGCGGGAAUCAAACAUGACUUUUUUAAGAAAGAAACAUGUUCUCAAGGAAAUGAAAAGCAUUCAAAUGUUUUAACACCAAAACUAA